UAGCGGGUGGAACCUCCAGUGCAACCGCAUUGUUGUUUGGGAGAAAGGUUGUUGGUUUUUAGAAAUUGGACACUUCGAUUUACGAAUGGUCCUUUUUAGUAGUAACUACGUGCCGAGAACAAGAACGACUUUACAAACUGAUACAGUCGUCACGGAAACCGUACUGUUUUCUCUACAGAAACAAUUUAAGCCUUUCUCGAGCGGCGCCCGUUGGAUCAGAUUGUGCGGAAUCACAGCCACUCCGCGGGCCACAUCGCCAUUGCUUUAACUGCUGCCGCUGUCUGCAGAACAAAACAUUGAAAAAUUAUAUCCAACAUGAAAAGAAAAGGGCGUCAUCAUCGAGUGUCUACGACAAGGCGUUCAACUUCUCCUUGCAAUAUCAAGAACUCUCCCACACGGGAAACACUGACAUAUGCCCAGGCUCAGAGGAUGGUAGACAUGGAGAUUGAUGGUCGUCUACACAGAGUCAGUAUUUUUGACACUUUAGAGAUAAUUUCAGAGGAUGACCUUACAGCACAAGAGCUAACUGAAUGUAAGAGCAAUAAGGAAAACAGCCAACGGCCAGCUCUGGUAAGAUCCAAAAGACUUAAAAACAAUAAUUUAAAAAAGAAGAAUGUUGUUCCACCAAAUGCACAUGGUGUACCAGUAUCAUCUAGUACUCUCCCAGAACCCAACAUUCGUAUUGUGGACUACAACCCACCUGUAGCUCCUCGGAGACCCCCCUCAUAUUACACGUUUAUUGAGAAAUCUUCUGAUGAACUUGAUAAAGAGGUAGAGUAUGAUAUGGACGAGGAGGAUUAUGCAUGGCUAGAACUUAUCAAUGAAAAACGCAGAAGUGAGGGGCUGAGUGUUGUUUCUCAGAAUGUAUUUGAGUUCCUCAUGGACAGAUUUGAAAAGGAAUCUUUCUUUGAAAGCCAGAACCAAGGAGAUCCCCAGUCUCUCAUUGAUGAAGAUGCAGUAUGUUGCAUUUGUAUGGAUGGUGAAUGCCAGAACAGCAAUGUCAUUUUAUUUUGUGACAUGUGUAAUUUAGCAGUGCAUCAAGAGUGUUAUGGAGUUCCAUACAUCCCAGAGGGGCAAUGGCUUUGCCGGCAUUGCUUGCAGUCUCCUUCCCAGCCUUUAGACUGUAUACUUUGUCCCAACAAGGGUGGUGCAUUGAAAAAGACGGAUGAUGAUCGUUGGGGACAUGUAGUUUGUGCCCUGUGGGUACCUGAAGUGGGUUUUGCUAACACUGUUUUUAUUGAGCCAAUUGAUGGUGUAAGGAAUAUUCCUCCAGCAAGGUGGAAGUUGACAUGCUAUCUCUGUAAACAAAAAGGAGAUGGUGCUUGCAUUCAGUGCCAUAGAGCAAACUGUUACACAGCAUUUCAUGUGACUUGUGCUCAAAAAGCAGGCCUUUACAUGAAAAUGGAACCUGUAAAAGAAGUAAUAGAGGCUGGAACAACUUUCUCUGUGAAAAAGACUGCCUAUUGUGAUGCACACACUCCAACAGGCUGUGUAAGGAGACCGCUGACAAUUUAUGAGGAAGCCAAAACAAAAAAUGGACAUUGUCAAAAAACAGCUAGGACCAGAUUAAAAGGAAGGCAUAAAAACAAGAAGAGUAAAAAAGUUUUAGCUGAACCACUCGGAGCUGUUCCUACAGUAUCUGUACCAAGUAUCCCAUCUCAAAGGUUGAACAAAAUUCUCAAUCAAGUUGCUGUGCAGAGAAAGAAACUGUUUAUAGAACGUAUUUUGAAUUACUGGACACUGAAAAGGCAGUCAAGAAAUGGUGUGCCAUUGCUACGGCGUUUACAGUCAAAUUUACAGUCACAACGAAAUGCACAGCAGAGGGAAGAUAAUGAGGAAAGCAGUGCUUUGAAAGAACAAUUGAAGUACUGGCACAGGCUUCGCCAUGACCUUGAGAGGGCACGCUUAUUGGUGGAGUUAAUUCGUAAACGAGAGAAAUUAAAGAGAGAAGAGAUCAAGGUUCAGCAGGUUGCCAUGGAGCUACAGUUGAUACCUUUCACUGUUCUUCUUCGGUCAGUGCAAGAUCAGCUUGAAGAAAAAGAUACUGCCAGGAUUUUUGCACAGCCAGUGAACCUCAAAGAGGUUUCUGAUUACUUGGACCAUAUCAAACAUCCAAUGGAUUUCUCUACAAUGAGAAAAAGGAUAGAAGCUCAAGGAUAUAAAAACCUGGAUGAAUUUGAAGAGGAUUUCAACCUUAUUAUUGAAAACUGUAUGAAGUAUAAUGCCAAGGACACAAUAUUUUACAGAGCAGCUGUUCGAUUAAGAGAUCAGGGGGGUGCUAUUCUGAGGCAAAGCCAUCGUGAUGCUAAACGUAUUGGAUUUGAUUAUGAAACAGGAAUGUACUUAUCUGAACCACCAAAGAUUGAACCACCUCUGCCUUUUUCCUGGGAAGAUGUGGACAAACUCCUAAAUCCAGCAAACAGAGUACACAUGUCCUUGGAAGAACAGCUCAAAGAACUACUUGAAAAACUUGACUUGACCUGUGCAAUGAAAUCAAGUCCAUCUCGGAGCAAACGCUUAAAAUUAUUAAAGAAAGAAAUAUAUAAUGUGCGAUACGAACUUAGCCUGCAGAAAACUCAAUCCAAGCAACCAGAGCUGAGCACAACUUGUGUUGAAGAUAGUACACCUUUAGAGCAAAAUCUCGAGGAAGAUGGAGACAAGUCAAUGCCACCAAAUCUAGAACCAUCAGAUUCUUUGCCACCUCCUUUAAAUUUGGACAGUAAUUCAGAACCACCUACCCUCAAACCAAUUGAACCUAACCCUGAGAACAAUAAAUUGCAUAAACGAGUUAAGUUUGAAAAUGAAAUGUGUGGCAUUUCUCCACCAAAGGAAAUGUUUAAUGGACACGCUCAAGAACACUUGCUUAAGGACACCGAUGUUAGUGUGGUGGCCACAUCUACAUUAGCGGAGUCCUCAAGUGAUGUCAACAGACGAACAUCUGUUCUUUUUCGAAAAUCUAAAAGCCCAAGUCCUCAAAAACUUGGGAAAAUCAGUGAUGCACAGCCUAGUUCUCCUCAGCUAGGGACCAAAACAUUUUUGUCUGUGGUUAUUCCAAGAUUGGAGACUCUUCUUCAGCCAAGAAAGAGGUCCCGAAGUGCAUGUGGAGACAGUGAAGGUGAUGAAGAGUCUCCCAUGAAACGUUUUGAUUCAGGACUUACUAAUGGUUUCGGAAACGAUGAGUGCAAGGAGCUCACUCCAUCCAGAAAACUUGAACCCAGACGCAGAUGUGCAUCAGAAUCCAGUAUCUCUUCAAGCAGUAGUCUUUUAUGCAGCACAAGUUUGAGCCUUCCAAAAUGUGGGAAAGGAAAACCAGCACUGGUACGAAGAAACACCAUUGAUGACAAAAAUGAAUUAAUAACUUGCAUUGAAACUGGAAACUUUGCUAAAGCAGCAAGAAUUGCAGCAGAAGUUGGCAACAACAAUAUGUGGAUGCCUGCUAAUUCUGCAACUGUUGUCCUGGAACCUCUGAAACUAGUUUGGGCAAAGUGUAGUGGCUAUCCCUCCUAUCCUGCACUGAUAAUAGAUCCAAAAAUGCCUCGACUUGGUUGUCACCAUAAUGGUGUGUCCAUACCAAUACCUCCACUUGAUGUUUUAAAAGUAGGAGAACAAAUGCACUUCAAGUCUGGAGAGAAACUUUUCCUUGUUCUUUUCUUUGACAACAAGAGAAGCUGGCAGUGGCUUCCUAAAUCAAAAAUGGUCCCUCUUGGAAUUGAGAAAACUAUCGACAAGUUAAAAAUGAUGGAGGGUCGAACCUCCAGCAUUCGCAAAGCUGUACAGACCGCCUUUGAUCGAGCAAUGAAUCACCUAAGUCGGGUACGGGGGGAACCAGUUAGUGAUUUUAGUGAUGUUGAUUAAAUCGGUGCUAACUUGACAUCUUGCCUCAUUUGGACUUCUGCUAUAUUUGGCUGAUUACUGUUUCUUAAUGAAUGUGCUGGAGAUCUAUUUAUCAAUUAUUGUACUUAGUAACUGCAUUCAACUAAGAGCAAUACGCUAAAAUAGUCACUGCCAUUCUUAAUUCUGACCUUUUCCAUCACUCGCUUGUAGUUGCAAGAACUUUUUUCCUUAUCUGAAAAUGUAAAUGUGUAUAUUGUCCGAAGCUUUAAUUUAUUCCAUAGACACGGUUCAUUCUUUUUUUUUAUUAUUUGGUACAGUGGAUUAACUGUAUAAAAAGAUAUGUACCAUAUCACCAUGUGGGCUUUCCCGGUGCUAAAUGCAUUGUAAAAUCCUACAAACAAAUCAAAUUCCGAAAUAGGGCUACAACAUAUUGUUAAAUAUGAUUUCAGUAACUGCUGUUUGUUUUUAUAUCUUGUCUGAGUUACAUAAGUUAU